AUGUCAGUUCCAAACAAACCACUUUCAAGUACCGGCAGACUAUAUCAAUUCAAGCUUGUUUUACUAGAGCUCUCUUCGAGCUUUUAUUCUAUGUUAUGUGCUUCACCCGAGUCAUUUACUGUUGCUUAUCGAUUCUUGUCUGUUUUGACAACAAACAAGGCGAGUCGGCUGUCGGCAAAUCAAGCUUGGUAUUGCGUUUCGUUAAAGAUCAGUUUGAUGACUACAAAGAGAGUACUAUUGGAGGAAAAUGGUUUCGUUUCUGUAGCUGCUUUUCUUACACAGACAAUUAGUCUCGAUGAUAAUACUAUCGUUAAGUUUGAGAUCUGGGAUACAGCAGGACAAGAACGUUACAAGAGUUUGGCGCCAAUGUAUUACAGGAAUGCGAAUUGUGCUGUUGUAGUUUAUGAUAUAACUCAGGCGUCGUCUCUGGAAAAAGCCAAGGCUUGGGUAAAGGAACUACAAAGACAGGCAGAUCCAAAUAUCGUGAUUGCACUUGCUGGUAAUAAAUGCGACCUUGCCGACCGUAGGGCGAUCGAGACCGAGGAAGCAAAAGCUUACGCAAAUGAAGCAGAUCUCCUUUUCUUUGAAACAUCGGCCAAGACAUCAAUCAACGUAAAUGAGCUCUUCACGGAAAUAGCAAAAAAGAUGCCACUUGAGUUAGCAGCCAACUCGCGUCAACGGAACGGAUCGGACGGCAGAGGAGGAGUAGACCUGUCGCAGGCGUCGCCGAAUGCCGGCAACUGUGGGUGCUAA